UGGCAGCACAGCGCGAGCCGAGGCAGUGCGUCUCGCGCGCGCGCUCCGAGCAGCACAGUCGUUUCCACGUGUCUUUUCUCUUUUCGGACUGUUUUGUAGCUUUAUUGAAUCCGUCCACGCAGUCCCGCCGUGACGCCCGACCGCCUUAUUCCGUGUAACAAUCAAUGCCAGUGCUUCUAAUUGGACGGGGUCGCACCCCUCCUCCUCCUCUUCCUCCUCCUCCUCUUCCUCUCCGGCGUAUUGUCACUGACAGUCGGAUUAUUCGCUCACAGCAGCAGCAGCAGCAGCACCGCGCCUCCUCCCGUCCUCUCCGUCCGACGAUGCAGAGAACCGAGGCGAACUAAGGCUCCAGCUGCACGGUUUCACUCGGUGAAGAUGCGUCAGCCGCAGAUCUGAGCGUCAGCUGAGGAAGAGAAACGAGGAUCAGAGCAGCAGCACCGGCCGCCCCUCGUCCUCCCGCUACUGCAGGCUCUUCCAGGGUUCUCCGGGUUCUCCAACGGGUUCUCUGCUCCAUACGCCUCGGGGCCUCCGACCUUCAUGCGUCUCCCAGCGGCAGAGUCCACCCACAACUCCACCCACCACACCACCACCACCGCCAUGAGCUGUGAGCAGGAGUUUGGAGAAGGAGCCAUGGGAGUCACGCUCACGCUGCGCCUCCUCAUGCACGGAAAGGAAGUCGGAAGCAUCAUUGGCAAGAAAGGGGAGACUGUGAAGAGGAUUCGAGAAGAGAGCAGCGCAAGGAUCAACAUAUCAGAGGGCUCCUGUCCAGAGAGGAUCAUCACCAUCACAGGGCCGACAGACUGUGUGUUCAGAGCCUUCACCAUGAUCACCUUCAAGCUGGAGGAGGACCUGGCGGCUUUGGUGGCCAACGGCACCGUGACCAGCAAACCUCCCGUCACCCUGCGGCUGGUGAUCCCCGCCAGCCAGUGCGGCUCGCUCAUCGGCAAAGGAGGCUCCAAGAUCAAGGAGAUCCGAGAGACGACAGGUGCGCAGGUGCAGGUGGCAGGUGAUCUCCUCCCCAACUCCACAGAGAGGGAGGUGACGAUCUCAGGGAGCCAGGACGCCAUCAUCCAGUGCAUCAAAACAAUCUGCACCGUCAUCCUGGAGUCUCCGCCAAAAGGAGCGACCAUCCCGUACCGACCCAGCCCGACCCAGGGAGCUGUGCUUCUAGCAGGGAACCAGGUGUUCGAGGCGUCAGACUUUGGCUCUCACCACCUGUUCUCAGUGGCACAGGGAGGCGUGGACCUGCAGCAGACGUACGCGGUCCAGAGUCACUACGGGAUUCCACACACGGAGUUGGCGAAGCUCCACCAGCUCACGCUGCAGCAGCAGGGCCUGGCAGCGGCACCGGUUCUGCCCGGAGCCGUGGACGCCGGGUCCCAAGCCGCCUCCCAGGAGCUGCUGAUCCCCAACGACCUGAUCGGCUCCAUCAUCGGUCGCCAGGGCUCCAAGAUCAACGAGAUCCGACAGGUGUCGGGGGCUCAGAUCAAGAUCGGCAGUCAGAUCGACAGCACCAGCGACCGGCACGUGACCAUCAGCGGGACGCCCAUCGCCAUCAACCUGGCCCAGUACCUGAUCACGUCAUGUUUAGAGACCGCCAAAUCCACCGCCCAGUCCUCCUCCAUGCCGUCUCCCGUUGACCUGACCAUGAGCUUCACCCAGCCCCCCCCCGCCUCCGCCUCCGCCUCCUCCUCCUCCCCCCUGGCAGCGAUGGGCGCCGCUCUGCCCCACGCUCCCAUCCUGGGCGCUCCCUAUGCCCUCCCCCUCUCCAGCCUGCUGGGAGUGAAAUCCAUCCCAUACCUGGCACUGUCCACCCCUCCCGCCUCAGCAGCAGCAGCGGCCGCCGCCGCCAUCGGUGCCCCGGUUCUACCCGGCUCCGUGCCCACAGCGGCCACCGGCCACCGUCCAGGGUCCCUGCCCACGCGGCGGCGGGCAGCGGCACUCGCCUCGUACACGGCCAAGAUCUCGUCCUCGGCCAACGGGAUGAAGAAGCCGGAGCGACAGAAGUUUGCCCCGUACUGAUGGAGCAGAAAUGAGAGGAUGCGUCAGCAUCACUGAGGCCCAUUCUGAGCUGCCCUUUUUCAUUCUGUUGCACUUCUUCUUUGUCCCAUUCAAAAAAGUGGGAGAACUGGAACGUGUUUGACUCAGAGCAGCUGAAGGCAAACAUCCUGCAGUCCUGGAAGGAGCUAGAGGGCCUGAGAAGCUAAACCCAGGGUAAAAUAUUACAUUCAAUAAAAUAAUUCUUUAUCAGUCACCGAAUGUGGACGUUGGAGUUUAAGCGUUGCCUCCAACCGUCAUCCAGCACAGACAUCAGGAAGGAGGGGGAGGGGCCAUGUCCUCUGACUCCACCCCCUCCAUCCACCAACAAGAUGCCAAAGUCAGCUUACAGAUAUUAGUUCAUGUCUGCACCUACUCUGAUGUUAGUGCAGUGAAAAGUCAGAUUCAGUGUUGCUGCCUCUCGUCCUUUUCCAGUAAUCCCACUUUUCAUCAAGCUUUGUUUCCUUUUUGUUUCUUUUCCUCUUUGCUUUCUUCUUUUUUACUUCCUUCCUCUUUGCUUCCUUGUUUUUUACUUCCUUCCUUUUUACUUCCUUCCUUUUUGCUUCCUUUGUUUUUACUUCCUUUCUUUUUACUUCCUUCUUCUUUACUUCCUUCUUCUUUACUUACUUCCUUUUUACUUCCUUCCUUUUUACUUCCUUCCUUUUUGCUUCCUUUGUUUUUACUUCCUUUCUUUUUACUUCCUUCUUCUUCACUUCCUUCCUUUUUUUUACUUCCUUCCUUUUUACUUCCUUCCUUUUUGCUUCCUUCGUUUUUACUUCCUUUCUUUUUACUUCCUUCUUCUUUGCUUCCUUCUGUUUUUAUUUCUUCCUUUUUACUUCCUUUCUUUUUACUUUCUUCCUCUUUGCUUCCUUCCUUUUUUUUACUUCCUUCCUUUUUACUUCCUUCCUUUUUGCUUCCUUCGUUUUUACUUCCUUUCUUUUUACUUCCUUCCUCUUUACUUUCUUCCUUUUUACUUCCUUCCUUCCUUUUUGCGUUCUUUUUACUUCCUUCCUCUUUGCUUCCUUCCUCUUUACUUCCUUCCUUUUUUACUUCCUUCCUUUUUACUUUCCUCCUGUUUUACUUCCUUCCUUUUUUACUUCCUUCCUCUUUACUUCCUUUUUACUUCCUUCCUCUUUACUUCCUUUCUUUGUCCUUCCUCUUACUUUGAUUCUGCUUCUUGUUUCUGCAGCUCUGCCUCCUCAGAGACUUGCUCAGUGCAGGUUCUGUAUGAUGAACUGAAGGUUCUUUGGGCCACGCCUGUAAAAGCCAUAGAGACUAUUUGUCUGUUCCCUGCUCCUUACUCUUUAUUCUGUUGUACGUGCUCCUAUUUAUUGUAUGAAAUAUUCCCUCAGAGAGUUUCUAUCGCUGGUCACUAACACGGGGCCAAGCCAUUUGGCUUCAUAUGAUGUCUACCUGUAUGUGACGACUUCUCUGCUUCCUCCUUUCUUUGUUCACAAAUUUCAUUCAGUGUGUGUAAAUUAUUUUCUAACUUAUUGAAGGGGUGUUACAGGUAAAAGCAGUGAACCUGUCUGACUUAACCAUCACUGUAUUAUUACUGCUACUAACCCAUGUUUUGUUAGACUAGUGUUUUCACCUGUGGACACACACACACACACACACACACACACACACACACACACACACACAUUCUUGUACUUACAUCCAAGGGAGGACCUCCAUUGACAUAAUGCCUUCCCUAACCCCUCACCCUAACCAUCACAAAUAAAGGCAGACGUCUAAUCUUUGCUCUGAUCCGAACCAAAACUAAAUUCUAACCUCAGCCCUAAAAUCACAUCUUAACCCUCAAACAGUCUUUCAAAGAAGUCCUCACUUUGGUGGGAAAAUACGUUUUUUGCUUUUUGUUUCUCACUUUGAUGCAAGUACAAGUACACACACACACACACACACAGAUGCGUCCUCUGGCUUUUUGACCUUCAGCAUCCACAGAACUACAGACGCUGAUAUAACCCAUUUCUGUUUCAUUGCGGCCGUUUCCUGGGUCAGUUCUACAUGACAUUCGUUCUUGACGGCAUUGGUCUGAUUUUAUUGUGCUUCGUUUUUGUGGGCUGAGCUUCAGGAACCAUGGUUUCUGGGUCAGUACCGCCGGUCAACGAGGGCUCGUAGCAGAACUAUCAGGGACAGACGAAUCACACGGGCUUGGGUCCGUGACCAUAGAGGACAGAGACGCUGACCAGUCAAUAAGCUUUGUACUGAGCGUGCAGCAGCUCAGCCAGAGACUCAGGACUGAUAAUCACUCAUUCUACUGCUGCAUGCUGAGCACCGUGGCGUCUCUGCAGGGCCGGGCCGGACCGACCCGACCCGACCCGACUCGACCCGACUCGGCCCGACCGUGCGCCCGGUCUGUCAGUAGUUCUGUGGACACCGUCAGUGUGGUUUCCUGUCUAAUGCUGCAUGUUGUCACCAACACACAUGUAAAUACACAGAGACACAUCCCACGGUACAGAGAGUAAAAGCAAUACCAGGCAGAACCGUCCGAGCAGCUCCGCGCUCACAUCCAGCUCCUCCUCCGUCUCGUCUGACUCAUUACACAGCUCACGUAUUUUUAUAAAGUCAGAUCAUGGUGACGUUGCUGGACGGUUUCCAUCACGUCCUCACUUCUGUGUGUUUCCUUUCAUUCUGUUGUUUUUUCAUUUGCAUGAGUCUGACUUGAAUUGAUGUCUAUGCAAACACAUCUUGGUGCGGUUCGGUUCAGCGGCCCACGUGGGUCCAGGAGGAAUGAGGCGACACUUCUGGGUCCGAGAGCGUCUUCGCUGACGAUCAGUUCACAGGCAGAGGCCUGAUCCAGGUCUGCUGAUCCUGAUACACUGAUGCACAGGCUGCAGUGAGCUGAAGGAAGUACAACCUUCAGUUCACGACAACGGAUCUGCUGCAGAAAAACUAAAACAACUCUAUAACGAAAGAAUCAGCAGGUAAAAGAAAGCUUCCAGUGCCUCGUUCCCUGCUUUAUACUUUAACUGGCCACAGUUCCUUUGCAUAUUAAAUGUAGUUUACCUGAUUUAGCUGAGCUCAGACCUUUUCACGAUGUCUCCUGGGUUCAAGCUGCUGCUUCGCCUCGAUCAGAACCGCUCAUCAGCGUAGACGUACUAAGACCCAGACGGUGGUUCUGAGGUGGACUAACACAAACACAUUCACUCGGAACCAACAGCUGAACACGUUCUGAACAAUGUUGCACUGAACCUGAGAGAUUCAUCCUGAGAAUAAAGCACUGUCACCUUC